AUGAUGUCCUUACUCCCAGACUUCACACCCCGAGAUCCCCACUCCCUCUGGUAUACAUCCUCGCGACAUCCUCACAUCCCCCCUCUCACCGGCGACGCGGCAAACGGCCCUAAUGGAGCCAACCCCCAAGAUCCGAGCCACCGGCGCGCCGGCCACCAGCACCAACAGCACCAACAAUACCACCACCACCUAGCCGUCGAGCGUUCCCAGCUAGCGCGUCUGCGCGCCGACGAGCAGCACAUGGAGCGCCUACGGCUCAACGUGCAGAACUUUGGCAGCGGGUGGCUGAAGCCCGCGGGCGUCAUCAAGACGCUGCAUCAGAUGAGGGAGGAAAGGCGAGAGCAAGAGGAGCACCAAGAGGCGCUGAGGCGGGAAGCGUUGGCGCAAGAGCUGGCGGAGGCCGAGGCGGCGGGGCAGGAGGAGUUUGCGGAGGAGGAAGAGGGGAUGGAUGAUGUGCAGCUGGAUGAGGCGAGGGAUUUGGACGACGAUAUCCCUGAGGGAGAUGGGAUGAGUCUAGGGUUUGGGGACUCAGAUAGCGAGGGGUCGUCGACUGUGCCGGAUGAUGAGGGGGAGGGAUCAGAGGCAGACGAUGAGGAAUUAACGAGAAGGGAGCAGGUGCAAGCGCAGAAUGAGCUCGUCACGGCGGGGAUGCGCAGGACGGCCGAUGCGUUCCGCGAGGCUCUCGCGAGGGGCCAUGCUGAUCCGGCCGAGGAUAUGUACGGCGGGGAAGAGGAGCUCGACGAAGACGGCCAGGGCCACAUGUUGGACGAGGAGGACUUUUACCAGAGCAUGGUGGAGCCCGGCGAGGACAUGGAUAUGGACGCGAACCUUGAUGAUGAGAUUCCCGAGGCUGAACUUAGUGGCUACGAGCAUACUGAUUCGGAUGCCGAGCUGACGAGUAGCGAGGAGGAGGAUUACUCGGAGCUGAGGAUGAGCCAUCAAACCGCCGCACUAGCGCCCCCGCAGAGCCCUCCGUCGUUGCGAGCUAGAGGCCGUGAUGAGCCGAGGGUGAGCAUGGAUCUUAGCAGUAUCUUGUCGCGGGACGAGAGCAGCUUUAUGGAGAGCAGUCCGGCGAUGCGGGGAGCGCGACGUCCGUGA